CCAAGCCGCUUAGAAAAGCAUGCUGUCUGCCGCGCAUCUGGCUGUCUGUCGUUGCUGUCGUUCCGUCGUUUACCAUGUCAGCCGAUAACGAGGACGUGAGCGUUUCGAAGAAGCGACGGGUGGGCUUUGAAGAGGAAGUUGGCAUUACAGAAUUUGUUGGAAAACACAAAGGCUUCAAUGGCGUGUUGAAACAAAGGUAUUCAGACUUCCUAGUUAACGAGAUCGACCCCUCUGGACGCAUAGUACGUCUCGAAACGCUGGAACCUCCACCCGAGCCGCAGCCGGAAACGAGCUGGGCAGACGAUAAUGUGAGCGCCGAGGUGAAGGAGCAACUGGAGCUGCUGGCUGGUGGCAAGCGCGCUGAGCCUGUAGUCAUUCCGGUGACGGGACUGAGCAAGGAGCAGCGCGGCCAGCUGCAUGCCUGGGUCCGCGCCCACUGGCCUCACCUGGAGAGCCACACGACGGAUGGCACCGUCCGCGUGAGCCGCUCCAAGGCGCAGCGGCGGCGCGCCGCACCGUGGCCUUCGGGCCGGCCAAGCUACACCACAUUUGUCCUGUACAAGGAAAACAUGGACACCAUCGAAGCUGUCAACCGAAUAGCCACGUUUCUGGGGAUGCGUCCCUCAUUCCUGGGAUACGCGGGCACCAAGGACAAACGGGCAAAAACCUGCCAGCGGGUCUCUUGUCACCGGCUGCCACCAAAGAAGCUGCUGGAUCUCAACCGCAGACAGGGUCUUUGGGUGGGCAACAUCACGUUUGAAGAUGCAGCCAUCAAGCUAGGUGAUCUGCAGGGGAACCGGUUUACCAUUGUCCUGAGGGACGUGGAUGGCACCACAGCUGACCAUGAGGAGGCAAUGAAGUCAUUGUCAGAGCAUGGCUUUCUCAACUAUUACGGCACACAGCGCUUUGGCACCACAGCAGUGGCGACUCACCAGAUUGGUCGGGCUCUUCUGAAAGGCUGCUAUGAGGAAGCAGUUGACCUCGUGCUUCAACCACGGGAUGGCGGAGCGCUUGCAGAGUGCCGAGAAGAGUGGGCAAGGUCGAAGGAUGCUGCACGGGCUCUGGCAAAGCUGCCGCACCGGGGUUGCAUUGAGGGGCUGCUGUUGCGUGCGCUGACCAAGGGGGGCACCACAAACUACCUCGGCGCCCUGCUUGCUCUUCCAAGGAAUGUGCGUCUGCUGUAUCUGCACGGAUACCAGAGUUACGUGUGGAACCGGAUCGUGUCACGACGGGUGCAGCGAUUUGGACUCACCGUGCUCCCCGGGGAUCUGCUCAUGACACUUGGUGGCACUGAAGAGGAGCCGAGAGUAGCAAGUCCAGAUGAUGUGGCAUCUGCUAGUGUGCAAACACUGGUGCUUCCACUUCCUGGUCAUAGUGUGCGGUACCCACAAAACGAAGUUGCUGAUUGGUACAAGGAAAUACUGGCUGAGGAUGGACUCACCUUGGAUUCUUUCAGCGAACAGAAGCACAGGGAGUUGUCUAUGAGUGGCUGCUACCGCCACCUGGUGGCUGUCCCACGAGAGGUGCAAUGGGAGGAAGUGAGUUACACAGACCCUCUAGCCGCACUACUGCUCAGUGACCUUGACAGACUACAAGGCCUGCCGGAGCCUCAAAGCUGUGAAAGUGAUGACAACGCAAAGAGGGCACUGAAGCUGGAGUUCAACCUGAGCUCAUCAUGUUACGCCACCAUGGCAGUAAGAGAGCUGAUGCAUCGGGAGUGCACCACAUGGGCAGCAGUUGCAUCAAGUUGAUGGCUUUGGCCACCAAUAAAAAAACAAAAGCACAA